GCUUCCACCACCACAGCGCCUCUCCAUCAAUGGCGGGGAGCGAGCGCAGGCACCCCUUCCUCCUUCCGCCGUCGCCGCUGCUCUGCAUCGCCGCCGUCCUCCUCCUCCUUGCCUCCCUCGCCCGCCUCGCCCUGUCCGAGAUCAUCUUCGAGGAGCGCUUUCUGGAUGGAUGGAAGAGCCGUUGGGUGGUAUCCGACUGGAAGAGGAGCGAAGGGAAGGCCGGGACAUUCAAGCACACGGCCGGAAAGUGGCCUGGCGAUCAUGACGACAAAGGUGUCCAGACUACUAAAGAUGCGACGCACUCUGCGAUGUCCGCGAAGCUGCCAGAGUUCAGCAACAAGGACAGGACUUUGGUUCUCCAAUACUCUAUUAAGUUUGAACAAGAUAUCGAGUGCGGUGGUGGUUACAUAAAGCUUCUGUCUGGAUUUGUCAAUCAAAAGAAGUUUGGUGGGGACACUCCUUACAGCCUAAUGUUUGGACCAGAUUUAUGUGGUACCCAAACAAAGAAACUCCAUGUCAUUCUUUCCUACCAAGGACAAAAUUACCCCAUCAAGAAGGAUUUGGAAUGUGAAACGGACAAGUUGACUCAUUUUUACACAUUCGUCCUCAGGCCAGAUGCUACUUAUAGCAUUCUGGUUGAUAAUCGAGAAAGAGAUUCGGGAAGCAUGUAUACAGAUUGGGAUAUCCUUCCUCCACGGAAAAUCAAAGAUGUCAAGGCUAAAAAGCCUGCAGACUGGGAUGACAGAGAAUACAUUGAAGACCCUAAUGAAGUCAAACCCGAGGGAUAUGAUUCCAUUCCUGCUGAGAUUCCUGAUCCAAAAGCUAAAGAGCCUGAUAAUUGGGAUGAAGAACAGGAUGGAUUAUGGAAACCACCAAAAGUACCAAAUCCGGCCUUUAAAGGACCAUGGAAGCGGAAGAAAAUAAAGAAUCCCAAUUAUAAGGGAAAAUGGAAGAUCCCUUGGAUCGACAAUCCAGAGUUUGAGGAUGACCCUGACCUUUAUGUGAUGAAGCCAAUAAAAUAUGUAGGCAUUGAGGUUUGGCAGGUAAAGGCAGGUUCAAUAUUCGACAAUAUCUUGAUUUGUGAUGAUCCAGAAUAUGCGAAGCAAGUGGUGGAGGAAGUAUUCGCCAAUCGAGAGAUUGAAAAGGAGGCCUUUGAAGAAGCAGAAAAAGUGAGGAAAGCACAAGAAGAAGAGGAAGCUCGAAGAGCAAGGGAGGAGGGUGAAAGGAGACGACGCGAGAGGGGUCAUGAUCGACGAUAUCGUGAUAGAUACAGAGAUAAAUAUAGAAGGCAUGAUCGCCGUGACUACUUGGAUGAUUAUCAUGACGAGCUUUGAUGCUGUGACAAAGCCCAUCUCCAGGGGUAAUGAGGGAGUUUUGGCACCACCAUCCACCCUCAUCUGGAACUUUUGUGUUUCGACUCUUCGUAAGGCUAGAGUUUUGAUUCAAGCUGUAGUUGUAACAUGCAACAUAAUGGGCCGUUCCUGAACAUUGUAAUGAGUUCCCCCCAAUUAUUUCUGCAUCGCCAUGACUCUUGCUCCAGUCGAAGCUCAGACGUCGAUCUGGGACUUCUAAAUUUGGAAUGGCGGGUGUAGUUUCUUGA